AUGUGGCCGUUGGAUGGUUCGGGAGAGUUCACGGUUCGGGCAUAUUACAGAAAGCUAAUCAAGGAAUCCUUAGUGGAUGAAGACUCAUGUAUCAUUAAAGAAGCUUUGCAUGUAGUGUGGAAUUCAUGGAUGCCGUCGAAGGUGAAAAUAUUUGCGUGGAGACUUUUAAAGGACAGACUUGCUACAAGAGUUCAACUUGUUAAAAGGAACAUUCUGGAGGAUAACAACACAUCACACUGCGCAUUCGGGUGUCUGAUACAAGAGGAUACUAAUCAUUUGUUCCUCAAUUGUAUCAUUGCUAAAGGCGUGUGGUUAAAAAUAUGUGCAUGGCUGGGGAUUACGCAGUCGGGAGAGCAUCAGUGCUGUAAUCAUUUCUUACAAAUGGUGGAGAUAUUAAAGAGAAAGUGUUCAACAAGGAGAGUGGGAGUGGUAUGGGCUGCAACAUGCUGGAGCAUUUGGAAACACCGGAAUGAUAAAAUAUUUAACAACGGGGUGUCCGAUAUUGAUGAAAUUGUACAUAAAGUCAAGAUGUUCUCUUGGUGGUGGCUAGCCAUUGGCAACAAACAGAAAGUUUCAUGUAAUUUCUAUGAGUGGAAUCACUCGCCUCUGCAGUAUAUGUAA